AUGUCAUUUUUAUCGGACCGUCAAUAUGGUCUUCUUUCUCAUCGACGACUUCUUGUUAAAUUGAAAAAUUCAUCAUCAAUAACACGACGACUAAAUAUUGACUAUUCAUUAAAUGUUCAUCGAGGUUGUGUAAAUACAAUAGGAUGGAAUGAACUCGGAACAACAAUACUAUCUGGUUCCGAUGAUCAACAUUUGAUUGUAACAGAUCCAUUUACAAGAAAAGUAUUGACUAAAAUCCAUAGUGGCCAUAGAGGAAACAUCUUUUCAGCAAAAUUUCUACCAGAAACAAACGAUCGACAAGUUAUUUCAUGUUCAGGUGAUGGUGUUAUAUUCCAUACUAAUUUUGAUCGACCGACUUCCACACGUUCAGUUGAAGGAUGUUUUACAUGUCAUGGGUCAACAACUGCAUAUGAAGUAAGAGUUAUUCCACGUACACCAAAUAUAUUUCUAUCAUGUGCUGAUGAUUGUACAAUACGAUUAUAUGAUUUGAGAACAAAAAGUAAUUGUAUGAAAGAUGAUUGUAAUGAUGAUAUACUGAUAAAAAGUAAUUGGGGUAUUACAUCAAUGGAUAUUAAUCCAAUAAAUCCAAAUGAAAUUGUUUGUGCUUGUGCAGACUCUUCUGUUCGUCUUUACGAUCAUCGAAAACUUUCUACUCAAAUUUCAUCAACAACAUCUUCAUCUUGUCGAUAUGAGUCAUCAAUGAAUGGUCUUAUAUCAUAUUUUAUUCUUUCAGGCAGACAAGAACAACGGCGAUCUCGUGUAACAUCUGUUGUAUUUAAUCAACACGGCACAGAAAUUUUAGCAUCUUAUUCAUCUGAAUCUGUAUUUUUACUUGAUCCAAAACAAUCAAUAUCGCAAGAACAAAUAAAAGAAUGUCUUAUUGAACAUCGAAAUAAAAAACUAACAAAAUUAAGUAUAAAUGAAAAGAAACCAACAUCAGAUAAAAUAUCCAAUGACGAAAAUAAAACUUCACACAUCAAACGGUUACGCCUUCGAGGUGAUUGGAGUGAUACUGGUCCAGAUGCUCGUCCAUCCACCGAAGAAGAACCAACCGAAUCGAUAAUUAAUCCAUCUGAAUCAUCAAAUGAACAACAAUCAUCAACAACACCUGGUCAUCAUCUACAAAACUUUUUUAUGCGACGUAUGAGUGAUAUUUUAACACAAUUAGUAACACGUACUACAUCAGAAACUGGUGAAACAAGUCCAGAAAGAGAAACAACUGCAACUUCAAAUAAUGUAGAAACGAAUGAUAAUAAUAUUCAAUCUCUUUCAACAACGGAAAAUCCUAUUGUACAACUACCAGUCUCUAUGCAACAUUCCACAAUAGCUAAUACUAACCACCAUGACGAAGAAGACAAUCUAUCUAAUUUUUCUAGUGAAAACGAUGGAUAUAACAACGACGAUGAUGAUGACGAUAGCAGUAUCGAUGAUGCUGAAGAUUUUCGGAUAUCAUCAACAGCAACAACAGCCGACAAUGUUCAUUUAUCAGAACAUACAUAUCGUACACAUAUUUCUACGAAAUGGGAUCGUAUUAAAAAACGCCGUGACACUGAUCGUGCUUAUGAAGAAAGUCUUAUGAAAAAUAUUCCUAGUUUAGGUUUACUUAAUUCUUAUGAUGGCCAUCGUAAUUCACGUACUAUGAUAAAAGAAGCCAAUUUUUGGUCGGAUACUUAUGUUAUUUCGGGCUCUGAUUGCGGACAUAUUUUUAUAUGGAAUAAGUUUAAUGGAAAUAUUGUACGGAUUAUACCAGCUGAUGAACACGUUGUUAAUUGUGUACAACCUCAUCCACUCAAUUAUCCAAUUUUAGCCUCAAGUGGUAUUGAUUAUAAUAUAAAAAUAUUUUCACCUUUGGCUGAAACACCAAUCGAUGAUAGUGAUCGCAUCGAGCGCACUGUAAAACGUAAUCAUGCGAUGAUUGAAGAAACAUCAAGUACAAUAACAGUUCCGGCUGCUUUUAUGCUUCGUAUGUUAACAUCAAUCUAUCGAUUGCGAAAUCAAGAAGGAUCGUCUGGAAUCGACGAUGAUGAUGAUUAA